AUGCCUUCACGCCGAUUUCACAUCAAAUCGCGCUAUGGCUGCUUCCGGUGCAAGACUAGAAAAGUGAAGUGCGAUAUGCAAAAACCAGUAUGCGGACACUGUUCUCGAAGAAACGAAGAAUGCAUCUUUCCCAAAGAUGUUCCGAAGCGACCUGGCGCUAGCGCUGGCUCUUUUACUCACUUUACUGCGGUUGACCAUGACAAUGAUAGCAAAGCAUCUGGCAGUGCGUCAAAUAUGAACUACGGGGAUACCCUGUUGAUUACGUCUCCAUCAAAUCCAGACCAGAUGUUGCUCGACAAUUUCUCAUCUAGGGUCAGUCGAACCAUGUCCCAUAUAGACGACCUCCAGAAAGUCUGGGCUGUGAACAUCACUCGAGAUAGCUAUUCUCAUUCCCAUUUGAUGCACGGAUUGCUUGCCGUUUCAGCGCUCCAUUUCUCCCAGAAAUCAACAACCCCAAAGGCCGAUGCCAAUCAUUACCGCAGUUUAGCCAUCGAUCAUCAUAAUUUCUCUGUCUCCCUGUUCAGACCUCUUGUUACGGAAUUGACAUCGGAAAAUUUUGAUCUCUUAUACGCCAAUGCGAUGCUGAUACUUAUGUUUAAUUCGGUCUUUCUAGGAUCAACAAACAACAAUUCUUCUUCUCUGCCCAACGACAUGGUAUCAAUACAUGAACUAGCCAAAGGUGUCACUAUCUUGAGAGCUCAAGCUUUGAAAAUCAAGAGCGAUUCGAAGCUCUAUCAACAUUACCGAGACAUCGGUGAUUCUCCGCCGUUCGAACUACCCGAAGGAAUUAGCCGUACCAUUAAAAAUAUCGAUAAAGCAGUAAACUGCCUACCCGAUUUCGGUGAUGGGAGUGAGAAGAAGCCGGUAUACUUACAAGCAGUUGCCCUACUGCGGUACACACUCUACGGAUUUUUCGUCAAUCACGAUCACCCGGCUUUACUAUUCGUAUGGGUGGCCAUGGCUGAUCGCCGGUACCUCGAUCUACUGAUGGCGAGCGACAUCAUGGCUUUGAGAAUUUUGGCACAUUUUGGUAUCUGUCUUCUGCAGGUGGGUGACGAAUGGUGUGUGAACAGCUUGGGUAAAAACAUUGUGAAUGGCGUAAGACGGAUGUUUGAACGGGAGCAAGCUGCGGAUGUGCGUGGUAGUGGUUUGGCGGUUACAUCCUCUCCAAACAAGCAGCCAGACAUUUUGGUGCUCCCCAUACAUUCUCAAGCUGGACUUCCGUCUUAA